AUGCCCGGCAGCGCUGCCGGGUUGGGUCGUGCUUGCAGCCAGCCGGCAAUCUUGCCAAGAGCAGCACCUUGGUGCUACUGCGAGAACGGGCAGGGAGCCGACUGGGACUUCUGUUUACCGGAGGUUGUUAGACUGCGGUUGCAACUUUUGGAUGCAUCUCGCUUUUGGUUACGCCGUGCCAGUGAUGGCGCAAAGUUGCAGGUGGUCCCGGAGAUGCUCGCUGUUGACUGCGCAGAAUACCUGCUCAACUUUGCAGCUUUAGGAGGGUCCGUGCCUGCUCCUCGCCGCUGCUGGGGAGAUGCAAUGCGAACUACCGGUGACGAGGUGUUUGUGGAUUUUUUUCCUGGCCGUGGAUUGGUGGCGGGCACUUCCUACAGUCUGGAAGUGACUGGCGAGUUCAGGAUCGGCGUGUGUUCGUGUCAGUAUACACGGGUGAACGGCCUGCAGAAGCUGGAUAUGUUGAGAUCUGGGCACUGA